AUGGGCGGUUUCAAUCCAGAAAGAGACAUUCCAUCGCUGAGCGGAAAAGUCUGCCUCGUCACUGGAGCAAACUCUGGGUUGGGUGAGGCAGCCGUAACAGCGUUCGCCCAGCACGGCCCCAAGAAGAUCUAUCUUGCAGCUCGCUCUCAGAUUAAAGCUGAAGAAGCUAUUGAACGUAUCAAAGCAAGCUCUGCCGCAGCUCGAUCUGUCAACAUUGAAUUUCUGGAAUUAGACCUCGCCUCUCUGGAAUCGGUCAAGACAGCGGCAGCUCGAAUCAAUGCUGAGGCGGAUCGCCUUGAUAUCCUCCACUUAAAUGCCGGCGUAGCGUCAGUACCGGCCUCGCUCACAAAAGAAGGAUACGAAGUGCAUUUCGGAACCAACUACCUGGGUCAUGCGUUGCUGACGCAGCAGCUGCUGCCCAAACUGCUGGAGACAGCGGCACUACCCAAUGCCGACGUUAGAAUUAUCUCUGUAUCAUCCUCAUAUCACCGUCUGGAAGGAACUAGCGACGGAAUCUCUUUUGAUAAACUAAAGACAACCAUGGAGGGUACUGGUGGCGUUGUCUUGUAUGCGCAAGCCACGCUGGCCAAGGUACUUUUCGCUCGAGAACUUGCCAGGCGGUACCCAAGCAUAACUACGUUGUCAAUGCACCCGGGCAUAGUUAGAACGGAAAUCUGGAAAGGGAAGAAGGAUGCAAGCUUGCUGAUGCGGACUUUCCUCCGUCCUCUGGUGAGCUUGAUUGGAGUUGCCCCUGAGGAAGGCGUAAAGACACAGCUUUGGUGCACGGUUAGCAAGGACGUGAAGAACGGCGCAUAUUAUGAGCCGAUAGGGAAGGCAAAUAUGCGUGGAAAGUUUACGGAGGAUGACGAAUUAGCGGGCGAGUUGUGGAGUUGGACGGAUAAGGAGUUGCUCGCUCAUGACGCACCUGGAUGGGUUGAGGCAUAG